AAUAUUUUCAGUUAGUUGAUGGUGAUUGGUUGCAACUCAGUUAAACUUCACCGUGCAGCUCUGUGUGUGGUCAGUCUGUCCUGUCAAUCAAACUUGUAACUCUGGACCAAUCAGCAGCGGGGCUUUGCACUAGUGGGCGGGACUACAUCACUUCCUCGCGCAGUGGGAUAGUUUUCUGGUCGCUGCUAGCAACCUGCCGCCUGUAACUUCUCCUCUCCUCCGGACGCUGUCAGUUUUUAAGCUGAGCUUCCUUCAACAUGUGUGCGAGGAUGAAGCCGUGUGGACGGUGAGCGCAGCGCGGCCCUCGGCUCGGUGUUUCCCCAGCUGCAUGGUGCUCUCCGACGUCCGGGGUUGCGGUUUGGCCUCCAGCCGCGGCUGCGAAUGAACUUCAUUUCUCAGCGUCGCCCAGCUCUGUUUAUUUUAUAGAAAUGGCGGUGUGGGGGACACUGUGAACUAAAUGACUGUCAGAAACAUCGCCUCCAUUUGUAAUAUGAACUUGUUUUGCUGUGGACGAUGACUCUCUCCUACCUUGUGUGACAUCAAGAAAAAAAAAAAAAAAAGAAAGUACGGAGACAUUCUUAAAACACACUGACUGAAGAUGGGCACCAAUGCCUCCGCUCUGGAGAAAGACAUCGGCCCAGAGCAAUUCCCGAUCAAUGAGCACUACUUCGGAUUGGUCAACUUCGGAAACACGUGCUACUGCAACUCGGUGCUGCAGGCCCUCUACUUCUGCCGGCCUUUCCGGGAGAACGUGCUGGCCUACAAAGCCCAGCAGAAGAAGAAGGAGAACCUGCUCACAUGCCUGACUGACCUUUUCCACUCCAUCGCCACGCAGAAGAAGAAAGUGGGCGUCAUCCCGCCCAAGAAGUUCAUUUCCCGGCUACGAAAGGAGAACGAUCUGUUCGACAACUACAUGCAACAAGAUGCCCACGAAUUCCUCAACUACCUGCUGAACACGGUGGCGGACAUCCUGCAGGAGGAGAAGAAGCAGGAGAAGCAGAACGGGCGCCUGAAGAACAACGGCACGGCUGUCACCGCCGAGGCCGAGAUGGAGAACAAAACGGAGCCCACAUGGGUUCACGACAUCUUCCAAGGCACUCUGACCAAUGAGACGCGGUGCUUAAACUGUGAAACAGUCAGCAGCAAAGAUGAGGACUUCCUGGAUCUUUCUGUGGACGUGGAGCAGAACACAUCAAUAACACACUGUCUCAGGGACUUCAGUAACACAGAGACUUUGUGCAGUGAAUACAAAUACUACUGUGAAACAUGCUGCAGCAAGCAAGAAGCACAGAAACGGAUGCGAGUGAAGAAGCUUCCUAUGAUCCUGGCGCUACACCUGAAGAGGUUCAAGUACAUGGAGCAGCUGCACCGCUACACCAAGCUCUCCUAUCGGGUGGUUUUCCCUCUGGAGCUCCGCCUCUUCAACACAUCCGGAGACGCGGUAAAUCUGGACCGCAUGUACGACCUGGUGGCAGUGGUGGUUCACUGUGGAAGUGGCCCCAACAGAGGUCAUUACAUCACCAUAGUGAAGAGCCACGGCUUCUGGCUUCUGUUCGACGACGACAUAGUGGAGAAAAUCGACGCCCAGGCCAUCGAGGAGUUCUACGGACUUACCUCAGAUAUUUCCAAGAACUCAGAGUCGGGAUACAUCCUCUUCUACCAGUCGAGGGAGUGACGCCAGUGCCGGGUCAGCGACUGAUCGAAGACUGAGUUUCUUUUUAUUUACCUUUUUAGGAUGAGAGACCCAGACUUCCCACAUUCACUCCCUGCUCCUUCCACCUCUCUGACAUGUGUGCCAAUUCUCUUCUGGGUGUUUUUUUUUGUUUGUUUUGUUUCGUUUUUGUUUCGUUUUUGUUUCAUCUCUCCUUCUCCUUUAGUCUUUUAGUCACCUGCAUCUGGACUGCACUUUACUGAGGAAAAGCAGAAACGCUCAGCACCGUGGCGUUGCUGCUGGGAGCCGCCUGCAGACGUAGAAACCUGGUAGUCUGGGGUUCUCCUGCAGACGGUGGUCAGAAACUGAACCAUAUCAGAUUUAAUUAUGUAAGGUCCAUCAUGUGCCACCCAGUCAAGGUUCCUCUCAGUAGGGCUGUUUCUGUUCCCAAUGUUUCGGCUACUUUUAAGCAACUGGAUGAAGCUGGAGACAAACACUGUACGAACCGCAGAGGAAUCUCAAUCAGAAGCAAUAUCUGAGCGUCAAUCCGAAACCACCGAAGCUGUAAAAUAUUAGCUAACGAUCAGAACCUUCGACACUAACUGAGCCACAAACUCUAAACUCCACACCUGCUUUUUAGAGACGCACCAAUCAAGCGCUUCCAUGCCGAUACCGAUCAGCUCUGAUCCGCUGUUGACCAAAUAAAAUUUUGUGAUACGAGACUUGGGGGAUGUUUAAAAGAAAAGGAAAAAGCGGGCUACAGAUUGACUGACAGCAGUUUUGAUUAACACAGAAAAUGAGAGAACUGUAAAAUUAUCUCCGUUCUAUUAUGAUGAAAAAAAAAAAAGACAGAGUGGUUGGUUGGUGUGUUUUCGAAGCUAGAAAAUGCAUUUAUUCAGAGAUUAGAGGUGAUUAACAGAGCACUGCCUGAUUCUAAUCUCUGGCCAACUAAUUGGUGCAACUCAGAUUAUUUUUCCGUCAAAUGGAUGCCUGGAAUUGGCAGAAUUUUUGUUUUUUUUUUGUUUGAAAAGAAACCAACUAUUUAUUGAAUUUAUUAUAUUUAUUAUGUUUUUUUUUUAUGCUGACUGAUAAAUGAUAGUAUGUUGCCUAAGCUCCCUGUAAUAGCCAACGUAAAGCUUGUGGGUUAAAAAGAUGAAGUCAGGUGACACAUUCCACAACGGUGUAACCUCUUGAUGUGCAUCGAAAAGUCAAACUAGUGCAAUAUGUGAUGUUGGUAACAAAUGUGGAGAAGAUGGAGCAUUUGCAUCUUUUUUCUUUUUUUUUUUUUUUUUGGGGGAUCAGUAGCUGAUUUAUUUAUUCGUUAAUCAUUUUCUAGUGCGGCGUGUCUGGUUGUAUCGGAUUACAGUGGAUCUCAAUAGUCUACACUCCCCUUUGUUAUAUAUAUGUUUACAUAUAUAAUGUGAGGCGAUGACAUAUCGCGGACAAAUUAACAGAAAAACUAAUUUGUUCAGGAUGAACAUACUGGACAUGAAAAAGCACCAACAACCUGAUUGCACAAAUGUGAUCACAACUUAAAGCUGCAGUAUGUAACUUUUACUUAAAAAAUUUAUUUAUAUUUUUACAUAUUUGUUAAUUACAGUUAUUCCCCCACAGCUGAGCUUGCUAUGAAUGCUAAGGCUAGUUAGCAUGGCCAUCAUGACGGCAGUUCUCCUGUAACGGUAAAAAGUUUCUCUGACAUUAUCACAUUUAGCAGCGCGUCAACUGGUGUGAUUGGCAGCACUAAGACACACCUCCUGCCUCUGAUUGGUUGUUUCUGACUGGGAGUGUUGCAUUCUGCAUUGGGAGGAGUGAGAUUUUAUCUCAUACUGUCACUUUAUAAAGAAAUAUGUAAACAUUUUAUUUUUUUAAAUAAAAGUUACAUACCGCAACUUUAACGCCUGUACUUGAUGAUGCAACUUUUGAUUGAAUUCAGGCGUUCAGCCACCUUAGCCAGGAGUUUGUAGGCAUGCCUGCUUCCUGACUUGGCAAUACUUUGAAGAAAAGUAAGCCCAGAGCAUGAUGCUGCCACCACCAUGUUUCACUCUGGAUGUUGCAUGCUGUGGCUGAAAGUUCAGUGUUGUGUUCAUAUUUGGUAGGACAAAAAAAAAAAAGUCCAGUCAUUGUCAUUCCCCACAUUAUUUCUAGUAAUUAUGACUGUUUUCAAUAUGCCACUUUUUUGCACCUCCUGCUGACUGGUGCCUUUGGACAAUUACAUCAUUUGUCGUCCUUUGUUGCUUCUGCAUUUAUGGAAGGAAAUUCUAAAAUCUGAAAAAACUUUUCAGCUGAUUCUGAUCCAACAGGCGCGGACAAAUUAAAGACGAACGCUGAAAUGGAAUCUAAAGGUGCUUUAAUUAAGCAAAAGAUUAAGACCGGGCGCAUUUUUUUGCAAGCAGGUUUAUGAAAGCUUUUGCUACAUUUUCACCUCUAAUCGACUAGUUUUCCAGUUGAAUCGCAGAAUAUUUGUCGGAUUAAAGGUGGGAAUAAUAUCAAAGUUUAAUUAUAAUGGUUCCAGUCUUUACGACUAAAAGCUGUCAUUUUAACGAGGGGAGGUGUACGUUUGAGAUGUGCGGUGAAUGUUUCUCUUGAACUCGCCCCCCUACUGGGAAAUUAACUACAUAUCUCUUUGGAACUGCACAUAGAUGUUUUUGCGUUUUGUAUUUUUGUUUGUUUGUUUACCAUGUUCCUACAUUGAACACCAGCUCGCUUGUUUCGUCUUGGUUUUUGUCAGAUGUUUUUUACGUAGCACACUGGAGUCCUGAAGCCCAAGGAUCCUUGUGAAUCCUUUGUACUGUAGAUUUUUGUCCAAUAGAAGGUUUCUUUUUUAUUAUUAUUAUUAUUUUUGGCCAUUUCCUGUAGAUUAGUAAAAGAUAAAAAAAAAAAAUAAUAAUUAAAAUGUUUUUGACAUUCCUGUUUGCUGCACAUAAGUAAGGAAUCACCGUCUCACACAUCAUAGGUAAAAGGUAGGAUAAAUAAUUUUGCGUGAGCGAAGCAGGACAGACGGAUCUGAAAGUGAAGAACCGGAUGUUCUCUCUCGCUCUCGCGCUCCGCGACCGGAGGAAAACGUGCCAAACCGGAUUCAAAGGCUGACUUUGCAGCCGUCUUUAGCGGAGCAUUAUUUUUUCUUCGUGAAGACACGCUCGUGUAGCCGAGUAGAAGAGUACCUCUAGGAAUAGGAAAUAUUUUUUUAAAACGAAGAUAUGGAAAUGGCAGAGAUGCUAAGCUUGAGGCCAGUCGGCAGCGAAGAGUAAAGGCCUGCCGUUUUACAACCACAACCACGUCAUCAGAGGAACGCGCCGACGCUCACGUCUGUCACGUUGUUAUAAUAAUAAUGGGUUCAGACUGUACAAAACUGUGGCGGGAGCCGAUGUGAACGGACUCGUAAACAUGCCGAGCUUCCAUUAACUUAUGCACUCCUCCUCACCUCAGCUGUGUCCUGGUGCGUCUUGGUGUUCUGCACCGGGUCGGACACGAAUGGGCCUGGGCGAGGGGAACGACGGGACGAAACCGUCUCUACGUGGCAGAUAACUGCAAGUGCACUUUAUCAGUGAUAAUUCGAGGCUUUAGCAAGAUGAGCCGCAGUGUAACACCCUUCACAAUGACCUUUUUUCUUGUGUUCAAUAAAAAUGACAAUGAACUGAU